AUGGCUGCCACCUCGGGAUUGUCGACCGCAGUUUCCGUUCCCGCCAAGCUCAGCCACGUGGCAUCCUCCAGCAACGGCAUCUCCGGUGCCGCGACCUCCGUCGCUUUCCCCUCCGCGAAGCGAGCGGUGCGUGCGGGAUCGAGCGUGGCGGAGGGGCGCGGGAAGUGCCGAUGCUCGACGGCGGAGAUUCUCCACGACGGCGCGCGGGAUCCGCUGCUGCUGCGCGUGGCGCGCGGAGAAGACGCGGAGAGGACGCCCGUGUGGCUCAUGCGCCAGGCGGGGCGCUACAUGAAAGACUUCCGCAAGUUCUCGGACAAGUAUCCGUUCCGCAUGCGGUCGGAGACGGCGGAGAUUGCGAUCGAGCUGACGCUGCAGCCGUGGAAGGCGUUCGGCACGGACGGCGUGAUCAUGUUCUCUGAUAUCCUCACCAUCCUGCCCGCGCUCGGGGUGGAAUUCGACAUGGUCAAGGGCAAGGGGCCUGUCAUUGCGGACCCGCUGCGCACCGCGGCGGACCUGCGCGACCUCAAGCCCCUGGAGGACCCGGAUGCCAAGCUGCCGUUCAUCCGCGAGAUCCUCACUUCGCUGCGGCGCGAGCUGGCGGGCAGCGAGGCGACGCUGCUGGGGUUUGUGGGCACGCCGUGGACGCUGGCAGCAUACGCCAUCGAGGGGCAGGGCAGCAAGAACCUGCUCGCCACCAAACGCAUGAUGCUGCAUGAGCCGGAGCUGCUGCAUGGCAUCCUGGCGGCCUUGGAGGAUGCUCUAGUCGUCUAUGUGAGCCACCAGAUCAGCUGUGGGGCGCACAUCGUGCAGCUCUUUGACUCGUGGGCACACCACCUCACGCCCGCCCAGUUCGCCGAGUUCAGCCUGCCGUACGCCGAGCGCAUCGUGCAGCGCGUGAAGCAGCUGCACCCGCACACGCCGCUCAUCUUCCAUGGGAAUGGCGGCACCGGCAAGCUGCACCUGGUGCAGCAGGGGUGCAGUGCUGACGUGGUGGGGCUCGACUGGGGCACUGAUAUGGCUGAGGCUAGGCGUGUGUUUGGCAGUGAUACCGUGCUGCAGGGGAAUGUGGACCCGAUGGUUCUGUUUGGUCCAGAGGCGUCCAUCAGAGCAGCUGUGGCUGAUUGCUUGAGCAAGGCAGGAGGCAGGAAGCACAUCCUCAAUGUGGGGCAUGGAGUGGUGCAGGGGACUCCUGAAGAAUCUGCAGCACUUGACCUCCACUCUCCGCCGAACUCAUCCCAGCCACGCCUGACCAGCAAAAAUCACACAAUGGCCGCCGUCGCCUCUUCCUCUGCUGUCCGCGUGGCUGCCGUGUUCGGCGCCAAGAACCAGAAGCUCAAUGCCAAGAGCUUCGCCGGCGCUUCCCUCGCCGUGAAGGCCGCUCCCGCGCGCCUGACCAUGGCUGCGGAGGCUCCCGCCGGCUUCUCCCCUCCCGAGCUGAAGUCCGACACGCCGUCGCCCAUCUUCGGCGGCAGCACCGGCGGCCUUCUCCGCAAGGCCCAGGUCGAGGAGUUCUACGUGAUCACGUGGGAGGCCAAGAAGGAGCAGAUCUUCGAGAUGCCCACCGGUGGUGCCGCCAUCAUGCGCGCGGGCCCCAACCUUCUGAAGCUCGCCAGGAAGGAGCAGUGCCUCGCGCUCGGCACCCAGCUCAGGACAAAGUUCAAGAUCAACUACCAGUUCUACCGCGUGUUCCCCAGCGGCGAGGUGCAGUACCUGCACCCCAAGGACGGCGUGUACCCCGAGAAGGUGAAUGCUGGCCGUGCCAACUCCAACUGGAGGCAGGUGCAGACACGUGGCAGGUAUGCAGAGUACCCACGUGUCACACAUGCUGCCGUGGUGCAUCCACAGCAUGCCACGUGGCUGCUCAUCCACGGGGGAUACGGUGGCAACGGACCCACGCUCGAGUUCCUCGAUGAUCUCUGUGUACUCGAUACAGACUCGCUGAGCUGGCAUGACCUGAGCCCCUCAGGCUCCCCGCCCCCUGCGCGCGGCUACCACUCCAUGACAAACCUUGCCGGCCGCGCCAUUGUCUUUGGGGGGAAGACCAAGCAGCGGGCCGACAAGGAGCAGCACAGCCUCUGGGCGUACAACCCGCUAACCAAUGCGUGGGAGCAGCCUACAGUAGCAGCAGGGGGGCCUCAUGCGCAGCCGCGGUCCAAUCACGCUGCGACAGGUGUCGGGGGCGGGAUGGCAGUGGUGCAUGGGGGGCGCGUAAAGAAGGAGCGCUUGGAUGACCUCUGGCUGCUGCAGGCCAAAGCCCCGCCACACAGCACACCGCCAUCACCCCCAUCCGCUCAUCUCUCUGCACCCAUCUCCCUCGCCUGGCACCGCAUCGCCACGCUCCCCUCCUCCGCGCCCAUGCCCGCCGUGCCUGCACGUGUGGGCGAGGGGGGGAAUGACAGAGGCGGGUGGGGGGGGAGCGGAGCAGUGGGGCCAGCAGGGAGGGCGGCGCACUCUGUGGUGCACUGGGGGCGGUCGCUCUUCCUCUUUGGCGGCUAUGGUGGCAACGGUGGGUACCAAUCAUACGCCGACCUCUUUGCUCUCCGGAACCUUCCUGCCGCCUUCCCAGCAUCCAGCCAAUCACCUGCUGCCACAUCUGCAGGCGAGCAUGAGCAUGGGGGAAGCGAGAUUCCAGGCCUCCAGUCAGCUGUCCCCAGACUGCUGCGAGCCAAUCGUGGAGCGACACGUGUCAGUGCAGGGGUUGCUGCUGGCACACGUGGGGCAGCAAGAGUAGGCCCGUGUGAUCGACACGUGGCUGUGGGAGGAGAAGGAGGGGGAGAUGCAGAAGCAGGGAAAGUGGCAAAGAGUCCUUUCGCUGGCAGGGAGAGGGGCGGCAGGCGAGGGGAGGAGGGGUCUGGAGAGGUGAGAGGGAGGGGGGCAAGGGAGGAGGGAGAGGAGGGCGAUGGGGGAAGGGGAGGGGAUGUGAGGGGAAUGGGAUUUGGAUUGAGGGGAGGGGUGGAGGGAGCAGCAGCGGCAGGGGUUGGGACGGCGAAGGGGGGUGGAGCUGUGGGCAUAGAUAGGCUGGGUCUAGGUGUGGGUAGGGAAGGAGGCUCAGAUUCCGAGGCAUCAGGUUCGGAAACAGGUCCGGUGGGUGGGGAUGAGAGGGAGGGUGGGGCGAAGAGAAGGAGGAUGGACCAAGAUCAAACUUUUGCUGCCGGGGAGAGGAGAGAUGGGGAGGAGGGGCAUUCAAGAGGAAGGAGGGGAGUGGGGGGAAGGGGGGAAGGGGUCAGAGGCGCAGAGAUGGCGGGAGGAGGGGCAGCUGUGACUGCAAGGGGAGAUGAGGGAGGUGGCGGGGAGGUGGGACGAGGGGGGAUGACCUGGGGAACAUUGGGGGGAACGUUGGGGGGAACGUUGGGGGGAACGUUGGGGGAAACGUUGGGGGGAACGUUGGGGGAAACGUUGGGGGGAACGUUGGGGGAAACGCUGGGAGAAGCGGUGGGGAGUAUGCUUGGCAGGGAGAAGAGAGUGGGAUGGGGGGAAGUGAGGGGUUGUGAGGGGGAGAGGCUAGGAGACAGUGGCGCAGAGUUGAGGGGAGGUGGGGAAGGAGGAGUAGGGGAGGAAUGGGGAUGCAUGGACUUGCGCGAGGAGAGGGCAGGAGGUCAUGAGCAGGGAGGGGAGCAAAGGGGGAAGGAGGCGGGUGAGCGUGGGGAGACGAGAUUAGGCAGAGGCGGGAGUUGUAGGGAUGGUGCUGUGAUGAGAGCAGGGGUUGGGGUGACGGGAGAGAGGGGGGUAGCAGGUGGGGCGGUGGGGGCAGAGGAGAGGGGCAACUGGCGCACAGGCAGGGCAGGGGCAGUUGGGGUGGAGAGGUGUGGUGGAAGCAAGGGGAGGGCGGGAGAGGAGGGGAGAGAGGUGGUGAGGGAGCGAGUGGGGGAAGCACAAGGGAUAGAGAUGGAUGGAGUGGGAGAAGUGGGAGGAGGGAAGGGCGUGCAUGGAGCGAAGGAGGUGCAAGGCGUGCAUGCGAUGGCUAUGGGCAUGGAGGAGCGUCUUGCAUCGCUGGAGCGAGAUGCGCUUCUGCGAGCGGCCAUGGACAUGGAGCAGCAGAUUCGGACGCUCUCACACGAGCUCGCAGCCGCCAGGGCUGAGGGGGCAGCUGCGAGGGCGAAGGGCGAGGCAGCGCGGAGGAGGCUGGAAUGUUCCGAAAAGGAGCUCGCAGCAGCGAAGGCAGAGGGGGCAGCAGCAAGAGCACAAGAGAUGGUGACAAGGGCAACGUGUGAACGGAUGCAGAAGGAGGUGUCAGCAGCGAGGGAGGAGAGGGAGGUGGCGAGAAAGUUAGUGCAGCGAUGUGAGGGUGAGGUGAGGGCAGCACGGGCGGAGGGGGAGGCGGCGAGGGCAGCAGCGAGGGAGGAGGCGGUGCAGAGGGCAGCGGCAGAGAGGGAGCUGCGUGGAGCUGUGAGCUCUUUGGAAGCUGAGCUGGCUCGUGCCAAGGCACAGGGUGAAGAGGAGCGGCGGCAGAGGGAGGUGCAGAGGCGGAAGGCGGAGGAGCAGCAGCAGCGGGCGUGUGAGCUAGAGAGGCACGUGGGGGAGGGCGAGGCGAGGAUGAAGCAGCUGGAGGCACAGCUAGCUCAGGCGACUGCGGAGGCUCAGGAAGCAACUAAGCGGGCGAGCAGCCAGCAGCAGGAGGCUCAGAAGCUCAGAGGAGAAUUGCAGGAAGCACAUGAGGAGCUGUCAUCUCUGCAUGCUGAGGUGGCAUCGCAGCGACAAUCCAUGGAUUCCUUGAAAACCGCCCAUGCUCAGGAGCAAUCCCGAGCAGCGCAGCAGCUUGCCGCAGUUCAGGCGCAACUGGGGGAGGUGCAGCAAGAGCAGCAGCAGCUGCAGCGGGCUCUGAGAGAAGCCCAGCAGCACAGCGCCCAGGUGGAGACGGAGUGGCGGCAGCAGAAGCAGGCGGCGGAGGAGGAGCAGCAAAGAAGGGCGGAGCAACACAGGAGAGAAAUGGAGCAGAUGCAAGCAAGGCUCAUAGAGGCUGUGGGUCAGAAGCAGUGCGCAGAGCAACGCCUGGAAGAUUCCAGGAAGCGGGCUGAUGAGCUAAGCGAGCGGGUCAAGCAGGUGGAGCAGCGAGCAGAGCAGCACGUGGCAGCAGCGCAGCAGUGGAGGCAAACCGAGGCUCGCCUGCAAUCGUCUCUCCACAAAGUGAAGCUGGAAAGGCAGCGGCUGCAGAGUCAGGCCGACACACUCAGGGCGCACCUGGCACGGCACCAGGCGGUGCAGCAACAGAUGGAGAGCAGCUGCCAGCAACUGCGAGGCAGCACUGACACGCUCUCUGCCCUGCUGCGCUGUAACACCACCACUGCUCGUAACCCUACUGGUUUAGGGGAACUACAUGGUAGUGAUGAUGAUGACGGUGGUGGUGCUGGUGGUGUUGGGGUUGGUGAUGGUGGUGGCGGUGGUGGUUGGGUGAAUAGAGGCAGGCAGCACAGGGGGGAGCAGCAUGAAGCAAUGGAGGGUGGGAAUGACUGGUUGUUUCCGCAUGGGGAUGAGCUGAACCAGCAACAGCAAGGGCAAGGGCAGCAGCAGCAGCAGCAGCAGCGGAUAGGGCAGGUGCAGGAGCGAAGGCACGCGCAAGGGGGAGUGGAGGUGCAAGGGAGAGAGCAGGGUGUUUUGGCUCUGCUCCACCCUCCUCCUUCCCCACAGCACCUACCGCGCCAGCAGCAGUCAGCAGCACACGCACAGCAGCAGUCAGCAGCAGCAGCAGGUGCGCACGGGGUGUCGGAGCAUUCAAGGCAUGCGGCACGUGGGGGGCAAGCAGGUGCGGCACGUCUUGGAGGUGCCACCCCCCACUGCCUGCAUGCUGCUGCUGCCCACUCACCCCCCCCUACUGCCCGUCAAGUGUUCCGCCCUCCCUAA